GCAUUUCUCUCCCCAACAACUUCUCUAAAAAGACAAUUCUCCAAAUUCUCGCCCAUUUUCUGUACACUGGAGUGGCCUCUCUCUCUGGGCAAUUGAGCUGGCAUAUGAGGAAAUGAAUGCCACAGGUGGAAUAGCCGCUGCGGCAGCUUCUACAAGCACAACUGCGACAAGCAGGUUCGUGAAAUGUGUGACAGUGGGAGAUGGAGCUGUUGGCAAGACUUGUCUUCUCAUCUCCUACACCAGCAACACUUUUCCAACGGAUUAUGUUCCCACGGUUUUUGACAAUUUCAGUGCCAAUGUCAUGGUUGAUGGGAAGUCUGUGAAUUUGGGUUUGUGGGAUACUGCUGGACAAGAGGACUAUAACAGGCUUAGGCCCCUUAGCUAUAGAGGAGCUGAUGUCUUCCUCCUUGCAUUCUCUCUGAUAAGUAGGCCUAGUUUUGAAAACAUUUCAAAAAAGUGGGUUCCAGAGCUAAGGCAUUAUGCACCUUCAGUACCCAUUGUUCUAGUGGGGACCAAACUGGAUUUAAGAGAAGACAAGCAGUUUAAAAGGGAUUAUCCAGGGGCAUGUACAAUAUCAACUGAGCAGGGUGAAGAGUUGAGAAAGCAAAUGGGAGCUGUGGCAUAUGUUGAGUGUAGUGCCAAAACACAGCAGGAACAAAACUGACAAAGGAAGGUGUUGGCCAAGAUGUUGAUAGAACAUACUUCAAACAAAUUGUUGGAAGUCUCAGAUAUCUCACAUGCACCAAACUCAAUAUUAGCUAUAUAUAUGUUGUGGGAUUAGUUAGUAGAUUUAUGGAUUCCCCUUGGCAAUCACAUUUGCAAGUGGUAAAGAGGAUCAUGUGCUACAUCAAAGGAACUUUUGACCACGAAUUAUUCUACUCAUCGUUUGAGGAAAAUGAUCUUGUUGGUUAUUUUGAUCGUGAUUGUGGUGGAGAUUUGGAGGAAAGAAAGAGUACUAGUGGUUAUUG